ACAUUGGUCAUUUGUUCGAGCAAAGAAGUACAUAUUCCGAUCCGGGCGAAGAAGUCUCGGCGCAUCCAAGCUCGAAUUACUAAUAACUACGGCGUCCUCCGGUCAAAGCCCAGUCAGACCUACCCAACAAUGUUUAACUAACAUAAUCAUAAUAUAGGUUGUUCUGUUCUUGGAUCUCCAUGUCUAAUUUCCCACCAAAAAGAGCACAAAACUCCAAUUUUUGGGCUUCCAGAUUGGGAGACAUAGGCAAUGGAUUAAUGGAGUUCAUAGUCAAUUCACAAGCAAAGCAGUGGAGUAGUUAGGAGCUUUACUUCAUCACUCCCUCCUUCAGCAUCAGCAGCAACAAUUCCCAAAGAAAGCCCUGAAUAGUGUGAAUCUAUCCACUUCUCUCUCUCUCUCUCUCUACUUUCUCUCUCUGUCAUCAGUUGCAGAGUCCCCACAAAAGCUCCAUUAAUGGAGCUCUCAAGAAAAACUUUACCUUUGCUCAUCUCAGCCCCUCGACAAUAAUCCCAGAAAAAGCAGACAAAAACCCAAUAAAAAUCCAAUCAUGCCCUCAUCAGUCUCUUCCUUCUUCCUCCUCCUAUGCGUCUCCCUCCCCUUACUCCCCUCGUCCUCCUCCUCUCACUACCCAUAUGGGAAUGUGUCCUUUCACAUCGACUGCGGGGGGCACACGCCGUCCACCGACCGCUUCGGCGUCCAGUGGGAGGCCGACCGCUACUUCACGGGCGGGGCCACCGGCAUCGUCUCCGAGCCCCUCCGGUUCUCUCUCCCGCAGGAGAAGACCCUCCGCUACUUCCCCCUCUCCUCCGGCAAGAAGAACUGCUACAUAAUCCCCGGCCUCCCCGACGGCCGCUACUACAUCCGCACUUUCACGGUCUAUGACAACUACGACGGCCGCUCCCACUCCCCGAGCUUCGAGGCCGCCGUGGAGGGCACCUCCGUGUUCAGUUGGCGGGCCCCCUGGCCCGCAGAUGUGGAGCGGAACGGGGCAUACUCUGACCUCCUUGCCUUCGUCCACGACGGGGAAGCCGAUAUAUGCUUCUAUAGCAUUGCCACGGAUCCGCCGGUAAUUGGGUCCCUCUCGGUCCUCAAGAUCGACCCGGGGUCGUACGACUCGGGCUCCGUCAAUGGGACGGACUUCAUUCUGGUCAAUUACGGGAGGUUCGACUGCGGGUCCGGCCAGUGGGGCCCUGGGUUCAGCAACGACAGCGAUCUCUUUGGCCGCUCGUGGCAGUCCGAUUACAACUCCCGGACAUCAAGCUCCCGCGGGAUCAUCGAUGCCAUCUCAAACUCGGCAUCGAUCAAGGGGACCGAUCAGGCUCCGAAUUACUUUCCCAUGAAGCUGUACCAAACUGCAGUUACCUUGCGCAAAAGUGGGGUUCUCGAGUAUGAAUUGGAAGUGGAUGCAAAGCUCGAUUACAUGCUAUGGCUGCAUUUUGCAGAGAUUGACUCAAGGGUUAACAAGGCAGGGCAGAGAGUGUUUGAUGUUGUGGUGAAUGGGGAGAAUGUGAGUCGGGUCGACAUCUUUAAGGAGGUCGGGGCUUUCGCUGCCUUUGAUUGGCACCACACUGUGCAGAAUCUCAGCAGCAGUUUCCUGAACGUGAGGCUUGUCCCUGUCGUGGGCUUGCCUUUGAUCAGUGGGCUCGAGAAUUAUGCAUUGGUUCCUGUUGAUUUGUCCACUGAUCCUCAUCAAGUUAUCGCAAUGAGGGCAUUGAAAGAGUCGCUUCGUGUUCCCGAUAGAAUGGGUUGGAAUGGCGAUCCCUGUGCUCCUACUACCUGGGAUGCUUGGGAAGGAAUUACCUGCCGGCCCAACAAGAACCGAAGUGCGCUUAUAAUUUAUCAGAUAGACCUUGCGAGUCAGGGCUUGAAGGGCUUUAUCAGCGACCAGAUUUCACUUCUUUCCGACUUGGUUAGCCUGAAUUUAAGUUCUAAUUCUUUAGGAGGCUCUCUACCCUCUGGGCUCGGUCAGAAAUCUCUUGUACGAUUGGAUUUAGCAAAUAAUCAGUUUACCGGGACCAUACCAGAUAGUCUGUCUUCUUCAACUCUGCAGCUUGUGCUAUUGAAUAAUAACUUAUUAGAAGGUCGAGUGCCAGAGGAGCUCUAUUCAGUUGGUGUCCAUGGAGGAGCAAUUGACUUGUCUGGUAAUAAAGGUUUGUGUGGGGUACCCUCUUUACCCACUUGCCCUCUGUUUUGGGAAAAUGGCGGGAUAUCUUCUGGUGGAAAAAUUGCCAUUGCCCUGUCUUGUCUUCUCGGAUUCAGUGUGCUGUUGCUGUUGGCAUAUAUUUGCUGCAUUAGGAGACGGAGGCACGAUUACGACUUUGCCCUGCCACAUGAACUGAUGUCACUUUCUGCAAAGAGAAAUCGAUACCAGAGGCAGAAGUCAUUGAUGCUCCUCGAGAUGGAGAGCCAGCACGCCAAAGCAUUGCCAGCCCCUUUCAGCCCGCACUGAAAACAUUCUUCUUAGAAAAGCUUGAUUUUUUUGACAAUUGUUUAGAUCAUGAGGAGAGCAGAUGCCACCCAACUUGUUCUUCCCCACUUACAAAUCCCGAUCCUAAAAUGGGGUCACCGAAGAAAAAAAGGUCCAAGCUUGAUGUACAAUAUGCAUAGUCUUCAUUCUUGAUAUUAUGGAUUAAUAUAUAGAUAUAGCUUCAGAUGUAUCAUAUACAGCUCUUUAUGUGCAUGUUGAGAAAUAUAAAUGCGAUGAUGUGAAUUUCAUACAA